UCAAGUGGCCAUCAUAAUUAAUUUUGUGAGUUUGUUUUCUUCGUAAGUUUUGCAUGUUUCGCGACAAAAUUACACAAUCGACAUUACAGUGAAAUUUUAUAUAAUCCAAAUGUAUAUACAUACAUAUAUAAGAAUUCAAUAGAACUCAGUUUAAAAUAGUGCUCAGAGUUUAUGUGCGAUUCGAAUUAUUGCCGCCACAAUUGGAGCCUCAGUUUUAUUUAAAAUUUUCUAAGCAAUUUCAUUGAAAAUCGCCAAUUAUUGGUUAUGCAAUUAUUGUGAAUCUUUGCAUCUACGCAUCGCAUUCGAUAAUUUCUUUGCAAUCAGUAUAACAAUGGGCGAUUUAUUUGCGGGCAUUGGUGAUUUAGUGUUUACACUAGUCAUUGGCUAUAUAGGUGCCAUUGAAUUUCUUUAUGUGGUACGUCAUCUUUAUCACUGGUCGUGCAAUCAUGACGAUGAGUUAGGCAUAAAUGACGCCGAACAUUUGGAUCGUUUGCAAGAAAACAUGCGGACUCAGCUGAUUGAUGCAAGUAAUAGAGAGGCCAAUGCCGGAACUAAUGCGAUGAAAGACGGAGUCUUCUAUAAGGAUGGUUUUCGAAUAGAUCCAGGGCAAGAGGAUAUAGACCGGCUAAGUGACGAGUAUCGCAAGAAAGGAGAAAAAGAUGAACAUCGCAGAAAACUUGAAGAAGAGUUAGCGCGACAACAGAAAAUAAAAGAGCAAACACAGAGAGAACUUGAAGAGGCCGAAGCUUUAUUGGCACGACAGCAACGUGAAGAUGCAGAAAAUGCUCGAAAACUUAGCGAAGCGAAAAAGCUUAAGGAAGAAAAACAAGCAGAACAAGAAGCCAUAGAAAAUGAUCGUAAACAUAAGGAAUUAGAAAAACGACGACAAGCAGAGCAGCAAAAGAAAGCCGAGGAAGAAGCACGUAAAAAAGAAGAGUUGGAACGACAAAAAGCGAUAGAGUUGGAACAGCAGCGCCUACGAGAUAAACUCGAGACCGAAGAGAAUUUCAAAAGACUCUUGGCAGCUGAAAAACAAUAUGAAAAAGAUCAGGAACUGGCUGAAAAACAAUUAACUCAUGUUGGCAGUGAUGAACCUAAAGAGGAUGAACCUCACCUGAGUGGUGCAUUAGCGAGAGAACAUGGGGAUGAGAAAAAAGAAGACGUGCUCUUAAAACAAAUUCUAGAAGCUAAAGCUCUAUUAUCGGAAGAGUCUGAUGAUAAUGAAGAAGCUCAACGUCUUUUUCAAAUCGAAAAGGAUCGAGAAUCGAGGCAAAAGCUUAUAGAUCACAACGCUUUGCUUUUUUUGGAAGCUGAAAAGGAAAUGGCUGAGUUGCAAAAACAAAUGUUGGAGGCAGUAGAAAAACGUGAAUUUACACAAAAUCUUGAAAGUGCGCCACAAACGCCAGUAAUCGAAGAACCAUGCGUUAAGAAGAUUAUAAAGCCUCUUAAUACAGAUGAUCCUUUUAAACCGUUAACGCAAACGGUAAAAACUCAGCUGUCCCAAACACAAGAUACACCAUAUUCCGCAACUCCAAAAGCGCUACAUUUUCCAGGAAUAGCUGAUAAUGCUUCCUCUGCAGAAGACAGCAUAAGCCAACAACUACCAAUAAGCGCUCAACCGUCGAAAGAAAUAACCGCCGCUGGCAUUGCCGAACAAUUGCCAUAUUCAGAUAGUGAACGUGAAAGGCCUGAAGGCGAAGACAAUACUUCUCAACAAGAAUAUAGUGAGGAGUAUUUACGUUCUCUCGACGGUAUAAAACAUAGACCCCUUGUGCGUGAGGAUGGUUCAGGACGUCGAAGAGCAUUUAAAAAACGUCGGUCUAGUGGCAGUUCAAACUCGUCUCGUGACUCUCGCACUUCGCGUGAAGAAGAGUUGAAAAUGUUUACUUCUUUAGAGGAAGAAGAAAUGAAAAACAAAGAUGAUAGCGAUUUCACACCUAUAAGGUACACAAGUGAACCUACUUUAAAAGUGAAAGGCCAUCACAGGCGGCAUAAACGCAGUCCAGUUAAGGAUUCGAAAGCGAGUGAAGAGAGCUCAACUGGUUCUUUAGAGCGAUUAGGCGAAGAGACAGUUGAUCCGUGGGGUGAAGUAAUGCAAGCGCCCUAUAAAGAAACGGAAUUUUGGAGAAGAGAGAAAGCAUUUUCCAUAGACGAAGAAGAAAUUGAUUUGGAACGACUCACUUCCAGCGGUGAACAAACCUUUGAGACUGCCACAAAUGUACCAAGCGCAUCUUCGUUUGAGGAUGCCACUCAAACACAGAAUAUAGAAGCUAUAACCAAUUUGCAAAAGCAAACCGGCAAAUCAACAACGGAUGACCGGCAUAUAGAAUCUAUUCAAGAAGAUGCCACAGGAAAAGGCGAAAAAGCAAACGUAACGGAGGAAAGUUCAUCUUCUCCUCAAACUUCUGCUUCCCCUGGCUUAAACCUAAUUCCUCAUGGCGUUGACAUGGAACCCUCAGCCACAACCGUAAGUCCCCCAACUAUUAAAGUACAACCAUCUUCUGAUUUCGGCCCUUGGAGAGAUGAACAUGAUUUGAUUAUGGAGGGCCUAAGCGAUUUUUAUGAUUUUUCCGCUUCAGUUAAUCCAUCCCGUUCAAGAUCAACUUCUAGAAAUCCAUCGGAGGCAAAAUCACCCUGCCCUACACCAAAAGCUAAUUCUCCAAGACCUAAAAAUGUAUCAUUCGACUUCAAUGCUGAAGGCGCCGGCAAUUCGUCCAUAGAGAUCUACGACGAUACAGAUGCCAAUACCGAAAUAACGCCAGAAAAUAUUUCAAAUUUUCUUGAAUCUCUUGACAAAAUUCAAAAGGAAUAUGAAAUAAAAACGCAGAGUGCAGAGUUCAGCAACAUUCCCAAUGAUAAUUUAGAACUAAAGAUUGUACCUAUCGUGAAUAACAUGGACGACAGUAAUGAGAACGAAAUCGGUUCCGACGAUGUCAAUUCUUUAGUUGAAAGUCUAAGAGCCCAACGUUGCAGAUCACGGUCGAGAUCGCGUUCGCCUCUACCUACAGCCGAUAAUAUUCAACGAGGCCUAGAAACACGACGAAAUAAAUUAAUUAAACAUAAUGAAGAAAUUAAAGAGAAACUUAUAGAAUCUCAAAUGUUACCGAAGUCACAAGCUAGUCUUACAGAAGACGAGAGCUUUUCAAAGGAAAGCGUUAAUCUUUUAGUACAAUCGCUGCGCUCAGACAAAAGCAGAUCAAGAUCGCAUUCCCCAUUACCAACCGCUGACAAUAUACAACGUAGUUUGGAACAUCGUCGAAAUAAGCUUAUCCAAAAAAAUGACGAGUUUUAUGAAGCGCUUAUCGCAACAGAAUCCAACAUAUCCCAAAUUAUUAACAUGCCUUGUAUUUUAAUUGAAUCGGCCGAAUCAGUAGACCGCGAAAACGAAAAUUGUUCGUCGCCUCGUUCUGAUACGAAGCCCACGAUAUCAGUAGAAAUUACAGAAACGGCAACAGCCGUUAAUCAGGACGAUGAAGAUUGCUCUCGCGAACAAAUGGAGAAUCUUAUACAAUCGUUACGCAUCGGCAGGAGUCGAUCACGAUCUAGGAGCCCUCUUCCUCCCACAACAGCAGCUGUUGAUAUAAUUGCUGAAAGGAACGAACAAUAUAUCCCCGACAAUAUUGGUGAUCGUUAUAAUUCCCGAUCACGUACUCCAUCACGAUCAUUAUCUCCGGAGUUAGAUAUUAAUAACACUUUAAAUGAACAGCAACAACGUCUUUUAGAUCAAGAGGCUCUCGAGAAACUUAAAAAUGCUUCUGAAGAAAUCGAACUUAAAAUCUUGCCUCCUUUGAACUUUAGUAAUAAAACCAAUGAAGACUUAAGAAAUGAAAAUUUGGAACAUACACCUACUAAUGAGGAAAAAGCCGUUUAUCAAUCCUCAACAACUCCAGAUUAUGAUCGCACUCUGUCAGAAGAAGCAAGGGACGUAGAACGCAUCAAGGCUGAAAUGUUGGCUAAAGGUUUUCGGCGUUCUACGUAUGCAGGAGAAUCAAUGGACUUGGGUAGUGAAUAUGAAUCAUUACGGCGGGAAACAGCGCAAUUUCGACGUUCUUUAAGUCCAACCCCUGAAGAUCCUUUGGCAUAUUCCAGCGCGGCUGAAAAACGUAAAAUUCAGGAUAUAAUUUUGACUGAAUUAAUUGCGUCAGGCGACAGUGACGAAUCCUCUGCGUUAAAAUUUGAAUCAAAUAAAACGGGAGCUAUACCGAAAGUCUAUGACGCGGAUAUAUCAACAACAACAAGGUCUUUAGAUCAAUAUGAAAAAUUGCGCCGUAGAAAUGCUGAAUUUCGACGUUCUGGAAGCAAAAGUCGUUCUCCUUUAGCCGAGGAGCAAUUGCAAGGAUUGGCUGCUAUUGAAGCGGAAGCAGCAAUUAGAGAAUUGAAAGAUAAAAUACUUGACGAAAUUGGUGGCACAUCUGAGAAUUUUAAGGAUUUUUCUCGUCAUUUAAACGUUGAUUUUUUUGAUCAUGAUCGGAGAGCAUCCGAUUCAGCUAUUAUACAGAAGCCUGAUCUAAUGAUUCAACUGCAAGAUCACGAUCCAGAUCUUUUUAUGGAUCCCGAGGAAUACCACCAUUUUCGAAGAUUUUCAUUGUACCAGGAUGAACAGCCAACAGAGGAUUAUCCUAGUGAUGAAUACGUAUACAUUCAACAAGUGGAGAUUCGAACGCAGAGCGGUUCUAGAACGUGGAUUAGCGAGGACUAUUAUGGUGAAGAGAUAGGUACGUUUGAUGUCAACAAUAUUGAACCACCAAGCGAUUACGGCGGAGAAAAAAAACUCCUGAAGUUGCAAGCAAACAAAGAUCUUAAGGUUUCUGAACUUAAUUCUGAAGAUAAUAUAAAUGAAGUUGAGUUGAAGCGUGACAUCCAAUCUGAAAAUGUUUUUCACGACGAUUAUGAAGAAGAUGACACAAAUGGCAGCGAAGACGAAAGACAAACUGUUGUCGAAGUUGAAGAUGAAAUUGACGAGGACAUAUCAGAUUUUAACGAUCGUGGGCCAGCUGAAGAGUCCCAUCAUGAACAAUCUGAAUGCGAAGAGGCCGAAAGAGAGAUGGAUCGCUACGCAAACAGGGACGCUCGCGAUUGGGAGGCGGUGGUCAAUGUAGAUGAUAUUCUGUUAAAUGCCAGAGAAGAAGAAAGUGGAGCAGUUGGCGAUAAUAGUAGCGCUCAGUCGUAUGACUCAGACUCUGUCACAAUUGAUCAAAUUUAUGACGAAGCUGUGAAAAAUCGGAAACAAUCCGGCAUAUUGCGUGACUACGACACAAUCUUACAAGAAAUGUCCAAUAAUUUUAUGAGAAACACUGACGAUGACAAUGACGAGGACGUCUUACCAGCUAAUAUUUGUGGAAUGGAAAAACCAAAGGAUAUUGAAUGUAAACUCAACCCAACGGACAAAGAUUGUAGACAACUAGACGUACAUUACUUGGAUAACGUUUUACACUCUGCGCGAUCGCGCUAUGGUUAUAAUCCAUUACUCGGGACUACCAAAUCUCACAGCAAUGAAGUGGAUGACGGUAUAAAUUACACGCCGAAAAAAGAAUACAAUUGGCGUAAAAAUUUCAAAUUGGACGAUGAUAUCGAUUCGAAAGCAAACGACGACACUAUAAGACACACAUCGCCAGAAAAUGAAAACCAGAUUGUAGAAAAAAAUCAACGAAAUGAAACUGAAGAGAAGCAAUCCGAUAUGAAGCCAUUAGAUUGCGAGGAAAAAAACGUGUGCGAUUUUAAUCAAAGUUCAGAAAAAGAAUUACAUUUCGGAAAUGGUGCGGUACAAGAGGAAAAAUGUAAAGAUUCGGAGGCGAAAGCGAUUAGGCCCUACGUUGACCAGGAGCCAGAAAAACCCAAACAAAAGAAGAAAACAAAAAAAAAAUCAUGUAAGGACACGAAGACUAUCGCUGAAAUUCUUAAUAUGGAUGAAGACGAUUCGGAAUAUCAGGUCACUUACAGUAGACGCAGCAGUAGUAUUCAAUUGGAAACUGACUCACCGAAGCGGAAAUCUCGUUCGCGUCGUAGUUCAAAGAGUAGUCUCUCUAACGAUACUCCUGCCAGUCCAUUCUCGCCCCGAGGUAGUAUUGGCUAUGACUUUGACGAUGCAACAAACGAGACUAUGGAAAACAAAGCAGCUACUAAGAGUAAAAAGACCAAAAAACGUAAGAAAGUUAAGGAUAUCUUUAACGAAACAAUGGAAAGUCAUGCGGAACACAAUGAUGAAUUGCCAAAAGAGGAAAUUCCAAUUGCAAAUGAAACGGAAGAAUCGCACGCGAAUGAAAACCCUUUAAUUGAUUGCCCAAUCGAUAAAACAACGAAUGACUGGAAUGAAGAAAAUGCAAUUGAAACUACGGUGGCUACUGUCGCUGAAUCAGAAAAUCUAUCCAACACGAAUGCACGUCGUAAUGCGCUUGAUACCCUGGAUAUACUGAAGGAUGCAAAUUUCUAUCCUCUCAAAAUGGCCGAUGUCGAGGUUAUGCAAACGACUGUUUCGGAAGUUAAGAAGACAAAAAAAGUGAAGAAAUCUUCUAAACGUCGCGAAUCCGAAGUUCAAAUAACGGAAGUCGAUCAAACCAACGAAGAGAAGGGUGGCGAAUAUACAAAGGCCAUGGACAAGGAUUGGCAUUCCGGUCAUUUUUGUUGCUGGCAAUGCGACGAAAGUUUGACUGGUCAACGUUAUGUAAUACGUGACGAUCAUCCGUAUUGCAUCAAGUGUUACGAAAACGUAUUCGCCAACACUUGUGAGGAGUGCAACAAGAUUAUCGGUAUCGACUCGAAGGAUUUGUCGUAUAAAGACAAACAUUGGCAUGAAGCCUGUUUUUUGUGCUUCAAGUGCCAUUUGUCGCUGGUUGACAAACAAUUCGGUGCUAAGGCCGAUAAAAUCUAUUGUGGCAACUGUUAUGAUGCUCAGUUCGCAUCCCGCUGUGAUGGUUGCGGAGAAGUGUUCCGUGCAGGCACCAAGAAAAUGGAAUACAAGACUAGGCAAUGGCAUGAAAAUUGUUUCUGCUGUUGCGUAUGCAAAAUUGCGAUUGGCACCAAAUCGUUCAUCCCUAGAGAACAGGAGAUCUAUUGUGCCAGUUGCUAUGAGGAAAAAUUUGCUACUCGUUGCAUUAAAUGUAACAAGGUCAUUACUUCUGGUGGUGUGACUUAUAAAAACGAGCCUUGGCAUCGUGAGUGCUUUACGUGCACCCAUUGCAAUAUUAUAUUAGCUGGUCAGCGUUUCACCAGCCGCGAUGAGAAACCCUAUUGUGCUGAAUGUUUCGGUGAACUGUUCGCUAAACGCUGUACAUCGUGUGUUAAGCCCAUAACCGGUAUUGGCGGCACUCGUUUUAUAUCAUUUGAAGAUCGUCACUGGCAUCAUGAUUGUUUCGUUUGUGCCAGCUGCAAGACAACUCUAGUCGGUCGUGGUUUCAUCACCGAUGGACCCGAUAUCAUUUGUCCUGAAUGCGCCAAGCAAAAAUUAAUGUAAAUCUUUCAAAAAAAAAAUAAAGAGAAAAAAAAAUAAAAACAAAGAAAAAAAAAAAAAAGAGAAAGAGAAAAUAAACAGCUUCUAUUAAAUGCAAUGUUGGACGCCAGACCGAAGAGACGCGAACAUGCCAACAGAACAUUAAAAAAAGCGAUAUGUAAUCAAAUAUAGAGCAAUAAUUAAAGCAUAAUUGGAAAUCGAUCGAGAAACAAAAAUUCUAUUAGAUGAGAAACAAAAAAAACAAAAAAAAA